AUGAUUGAUGAAAGGCUAGAUCGAUCUAAUUUAUCGUUAGAAACGACGGAUCUUAAUCAAUUAACUGGUAUUUCAAAUAUUUGUUUAUCUUCAUUGGAAUACCCUUCUAAAUCAAAGAUUCGUCUUCAUCAAUUAUUAAGUCCAGUUGAAAAAGAAUUUGACACUCUCUUACUUGACAAUAUUACUUUACGAAAAGAAUUAGAACAGUAUAGUGGAAUCAAUAAUAAUGUACACGAGACAACAGUAAAUAAACUUCGUGCAGCGAACAUUUUUCCAAUGAUUAAAAAUCGAGUUACACUUAGAACGAGAAAUCAAUCGGAUGAUUUACUUUUUUCAUCAAAUAAUUAUCAUCGAGAUGUUAUUUGGGAUGUUCAGGUUGGUGGUUUGGAGAAUCAAUAUUUUGUAUCAGCUUCAGCUGAUAAAACAUCUAUGAUUUGGUGUCGAAAAACAGCUCGUCCUCUUAUUCAAUAUCGAGGUCAUCGUGGAAGCGUCAAUUCAUGUCGAUUUCAAUGUUUUGAUCAUGAUUUAGUUUUAACAGCAAGUGGUGAUCAUGAAUUACAUAUUUGGAAAGUAUUUCUUGAUAAAACUAAAGAUAGACAAGACCAAGAAAAUCAAAUGACUCCAUUACUUCUACGUAAUCCAAUAUUAGCAUUAAGAUGUGAUGAUGUUUUGUCAUGUGCUGAUUGGCUUCAGCGUGAUCAUAUUGUAUCUGCUUCAUGGGAUAGAAGUGCUACUAUUUGGCAGGUAGAAAUGGGUAGUUCACUUCGUACGCUUUAUGGUCACGAAGCAGAAUUAACACAUGUCUCUUGUCAUAAAACAAAACCAUUUGUCAGUACUGCUUCAAGUGAUGGAACAUUUCGUUUGUGGGAUUGUCGAACUCCAAGUCAUUCGGUACAAAUAUUUAAUGGUCAUACAAAAACAGUUAAUUCAACUUUAUUUAUCGGAGACUUUCGUCUUGUAUCAUCAUCUGACGAUGGUUUUGUUCAUAUUUGGGAUUUUCGUUCAACUAGGUCUUCUCCAUUUUUAUCACUUGAAUGCAUUUCUCCAAGCAAUCGUCUCUCAAUAUACAAUGAUAUUUUAGCUGUACCACUCGACAACCGUGAUAUUCGUCUUUAUUCUAUUAUAAGUGGAGAAAAACUUUAUGUUCAACGCCGAGCACAUAAACGAGCUGUUCAAUGUACAGCUUUUGUUCAAUUUAAAAACUCAAUGGAGUUCCUUCUCGCUAGCGGUAGUCUUGAUUGCCAUAUGCAUGUUCGACAUAUUAAAAAGUUAUAA